AUGAACGUGAAUUGGGUCGUCCCAGAACUUCUUAAUGGAAUUGUUUGUGAGUUCUUUUUUAAAACACCGUGGUACAAAUGGUUUCUUAUCGAAUAUCUCCAAUUCAAGAAAGCGGAAAUUCUGGCUGGUCUCUCGAAGACAGCCGUACAUCAUGAUUACAAAAAAGCUAUACAACACAUUUUGGAGACAAAACCACCAGAAGAUAUUUCCCUUACCAUCAUGAAGCAGUUGACGACAAAGAUACAGGAUGGCGAAGAAGUCAAACAGUUCUGGAAAUUAAUAACUGUAGAAAAGAAAUACGCGGAACAGUUAAAAGCUUUCAGAGAUAGUGCUGAGUUUGAAACUGAUGUCCUCAAGGUUCGCAGUAAAAGAUUCAAUGAUGAAAUUGAUUCUGCUAUUGAACGAGAUGCAAAGAGAAAAGAACUCGAUAAGGAUAAUGAAUAUAGCACGCCCACUUGUACGAGAACAAUAACGGAUAAUGCAGGUGAAGCUCAAGAUGAAAAGGCAAAUGAUGAGGAAUACGUGAGUGCUGACAAGGAAGACACUGCGUUUUGGGUUAGCAACAAUCAAAAAAGAAAAAUGGAAUCGCUCAUAACACCUCAUAAGCCGAUUCUCACGCGACAAAUGUUUAAUGUGUUAUCUACAAAAGUUGUACCUGGGUUGAAGUCCCUCAAAAGUGUUGUUGCUAUGAGAUACCCAGAGAUAGCAGAUGAAAUUGAAAAUCACGAGCAAGAACAGAAAAGACUAUCUAGCUUGGGAUUAACUCUUACGGAGUGGUUACGAGUAGCUUUAUCAUCAUCCAGUCCGGAGAAGCUACUUGAGUGUCUUAUGAAACCAUUGCAAGGCGAACAAGUCGCAGAUCGAGAAAAGAAACUGCACGACAUAUUCGAAUUGACAUUGAGAGAAUUUCACACUAUGAUCAAAUAUAAUCCAAGAUACAGUCUCCCCAGGCACAAUUCCGAAAGAAAAUUUCUUGUUGAAAGGGAGAUUUUAUCAACCAAGGCUAUGGAAUUUAUUGACGACCCAACCGGUGAACUGACAAAAAAGAAAGUUGAUGCACUAGCUACGGAUCUCAUAUAUAAUACGGACGUGAUGAACUUGGAAUCAUCAGGAGGUCCACUUCAACAAGAUCGCCAACAUACUCUCGGAGAUUCCGAUAAGAUAUCAAAUACUGGUGUAGAUAUUCUUCUUCAGUGCCUCCGAAAAUACCUUGGCGCUAGUAUUGAGACUGCAAAGAAGUUAAAAUCAUACAGUAUACAAAUUAUUGAAGAUCGAAUCACGCUAAUAGAAGUAUCACUCUACCAACCACGGGUUUGUAAAGAAGUUGAAGUUAGGAAUGCUGUUUUUCCAUUCGCAUUGUCUUCCAUAUGGGAGUAUAUGCGUGUUUUUGAGCUUGUAUCAUAUUAUGUGCCGUCAAGAGAUCAUGUAAGAGCUGUCUAUGGAAGUUAA